CUCUCGCUUCCAUCUUGCUCUCCGCGUGUGUUUGCUGCUAGCGUGCAGGUCAGUGAGGACUUCUAAAAUACUCUCUUUCCUGCAUAGACACUCCCAGCUUCAAAGCUCAAGAUGAAAGAAACAAUAAUGAACCAGGAGAAACUAGCAAAAUUGCAGGCACAAGUCCGCAUCGGUGGUAAGGGAACCGCGCGCAGAAAGAAGAAGGUUGUACACAGAACUGCUACCGCCGAUGACAAGAAACUUCAGUUCUCUUUGAAAAAGCUAGGCGUCAAUAAUAUCUCCGGUAUUGAGGAGGUGAAUAUGUUCACAAACCAGGGAACAGUCAUCCACUUCAACAACCCCAAAGUCCAGGCUUCGUUGGCAGCAAACACCUUCACCAUCACAGGCCAUGCUGAGACCAAGCAGCUUACAGAGAUGUUGCCCUCUAUCCUCAACCAGCUUGGUGCCGACAGCUUGACCAGUCUGCGGAAACUCGCUGAGGCCCUGCCCAAACAAGCUGGAGAUGGAAAGGCACCUGUGGCAGGAGGAGAGGAAGAUGAUGAUGAAGUUCCAGAUCUUGUGGAGAAUUUUGACGAGGCUUCGAAGAACGAGGCUAAUUAAGCUGAAUGGAGGCACAGACAGACAGACAGAGAUGGAGUCUCCCAUCUCAGCUGGGACACGUUGGACUUUCUUUUUUUUUCUUUUUUUUUUAACCCCACUCUCCCCACUCCUUUUGGGCAGUUUUCCUUUUUUUCUUUUAUAUAUUGUGACUGCAGCCCUUGUUUCUCUUCUUGUGCACUGCUAUGUCUACCCUAUGUCCAAGCUGAGAGCGAGAGAUGUUUACCACAUCACGCCCAGUGGUGUGGGUAGCGUGGGCCCUAGGACAUCCUACUCGUCUCCCUGUUAUUGAGGCUCACUCCUUUUGAGGCCUAGCUGAAGCCAACAUCUGGAAAUAAACAUUUGCUAUGUACAAGCUUAUUAAAUACACUGCCUUGUCUA